CCUCGAUCUGCGAACGGCCUCUGUGACGUGUUUAUCCUGACAGCUGACGAAGUAGGAGGAACUUUCUUCACGUUCGAGACUUUCUAAGAAGUCUUAAGAGAAAAAAAAGAAUCAUGUCGUCAGAAAGUGAAGACGAAUUCCAGUCUGCUGAUGAAGGGUCAGACUUCGAAGAUUCGUACCCCUUGAGUUCACAAGACACAGCCGCAACAAAGAGUGAAGCCCAACUCGUGUCGUCAGCUCCAGCAAAAGAAGUAAUGAAAGACAACAUGCAUACGAAAGAGUCCGUCAAAGAUACCAAAAAUGAGCCCUCGGAACCUGUAGCUUCAAAAGCAACUCCUGCAGAGGAAUUUGAUGCAGAUGAUGAGUCAGAAGAAGAAAUUCAGGAGGAACCACAGACAAAGACUUUUGAUGACAAAGUAACUAAUCUCAUGUCUGCUUUAGAUCAGUUAAGCCUACGAGUUAAUAAACAGCUCACAAAGCCAGUUAGUAAAGCAAAACCAGCGGAUGAGAUGCUAGAGGAAGAUGAAGAUGAAGAUGGUCACAAAGGAUUAACAGAGGAAGAUCAAGCAGAGGAGAGAGAGAUUAUGAAAGAGGAAGAGAGGAAGAGAGAGCUAGAAAAGGAAAAGGAAAAGAAAAGAGAAUUGGAAAGAGAGAGAAAAAGAGAGCUGGAAAAGGAAGAAGAAAGAAAAAGAGAAGAAAGAGAAGAGAAGAGGAAACAGGAACUAGAAAGGGAAGAAGAGAAGAGGAAACAGGAGCUAGAAAGGGAGGAAAAGAAGAGGCAACAGGAGCUAGAAAGGGAAGAAGAGAAGAAAAGGGAGAUAGAGAGGGAAGCAGAAAGAAAGAGAGAAAUUGAGAGGGAGGAAGAGAAAAAAAGACAGAUUGAACAAGAAAAGGAGAAGCAAAGACAACUAGAACAGGAAGAACUGAGGAAAAGAGAACUUGAAAAAGAAGAAGAGAGAAGAAGGGAGCAUGAAAAAGAAGAAUUGAGGAAAAAAGAAAUUGAAGAAGAAAAAAGAAAAAUGGAAAGGGAAGAAGAGGCAAAGAGGAUGGAAGAAGAAGAGAGGAAAAGAGUGUUAGAAAAGGAGGAAGAGAGAAAAAGAGAGAUUAAAAGCGAACAAGAAAGGACGGGAGAACAAGAGAAGAAUGCAGGAAACACUCAGGACUCAGGAACAGAGAGCCAGAAAGCCAAGCCAAUUCGUGAGUCAAAAAUUGGCAUGAAGAAGCCACGGGAAAAACUGGGAGAGCGCAUGGGUGCACGGAGGCUGGGGGCAAAAGUCGAGAAAAAGCCUCUCGAAAGCAUUAGUUCAGACAGUUUGAAGAAGCCUGAAGAUGCUAUGUGGAAUAAGGAAGAGAGCCAGACAGACAGUGCAGAACCUAAGCAAAGAGAGGAGGAAAGGCAAAAGCAAGAGAAAUGGAGGAAACAGCAACAGUGGGAAGAGCAGCAAAAGAGAUGGCAACAGAUUAAUGAAGGAGAAGCUAAAAAAGAGCAGGAAGAAGACACAAGCUGGGGUGGUGGCUGGGGAGGCUGGGGAACAAGUCUUCUCAGUGCCGCAUCCACUUUCACCCGUGAAGUUGGCCGGGGUGUUGGCACCGUCAUGGAAACCGUGGAAGGGACGCUGGGAGUGCCUGACCCCGAGACAUUGGCCAGGGAAAUAGCCGAGCGCGAUAAGGAGAUCAUGGAAAAGUUAGCGAAGUCAGAACAAAGUCCUUCAAGAGAGAAAACUCCCGAUGCAAAUGCAGAAGCAGAGGAACCAGAAUCAGAGAAGACAGGCGAUACUCCCAGCAGUGGCAGUGCUCCCAGCAACCAAACUGAAGGCAAUGCUGGCUACGUCCCAAGUUAUGGUCUCGGCGGCCUGUCAUCACUAGGCUCUCUCGUGUCAGGUGUCUCAGGAGCUUUGGAGACUGCCAGCUCUAAGGUUCUGCUGGGAGGCCUUGAUACCUUGGAAGUGAUUGGAAGGAAAGCUAUGACAGUUAUCCAAGAAGGGGACCCUGGACUGAGAAAGAAGAGGGCCUUCCUCACCAGCAGCAAGCCAAAUUUGUCAAUGAUACUUCAAGACGCACGCCAACGGGCAGCUCAGGAAGAGUCUGAUCAGCGUGAUGGCAUCCACAACAAAGAAUCAGGGCUUUUCCAAAGACCAAACUUUGACCAGGCUUGGGAAAAUACGGAAGGCCCUGUCCACGUCGAGGCACUCUCGCUUGUGGCAAAACAGUGUGAAUCGAAGAUGAAUACGUUACUGCAGAGUAUGCCACCAUAUCUGGUCGACAGAAUUCAAAAGUCCAACCUGAGUAUCAAAAAAACAUGUGAGAUGGACGAGGAAAGUCAGCUGGAGGGAGAUUUUGCAACACACGUGACUAAAAUUGUUUCCCAAAUCAGAUUGCCUCUGCACUCACAAAAGAUCAGAGAGGCUUGGGCAGGUGUAGAGGAGACGGCAUCAUUAAUCGAGGAAAAAAAGAAUCUGGAUUGGGCAGCUGUGGAGAAGGAAGUGUACUUAUCUUUAGCAUUGUUAAUAGCACAGUUGGCAGCUUUAACUCACAAGGGCUCUGAACUGGCUCUUAUUACUCCAGGAGCAGACCCCCAUGCUAUUGCAAACAGCUUUAGAGAGUUGAGCUGUUUGGUCUGUGCUGGUAUGGAGAACACAGUGGAUAACAUAUGUGGCAUCAUCACAGCCAAAGCCUCAGCUGCUGAUCCAGAUGUGAAUAACACUAUCACAAAUAUGUAUUUACAGGGAGCCAGUGGGAAUAGUUGUGUUCAAGAAGGCAUGAUGUUCCUGUCAUCUGUACUUCAGUAUGCCAACACCAAGCUUCUGGCUGCUGAUCUAUAAAGAACAUUUUUGUUAUGUAAUACUAGUCUCCAUUCAGAAUCUAUGAAGCAUAUGCACAACCUGUUGCUCUAGUUUAUAAAAUUGUUUAUAAUGUAAACGUGAUAAUCAUAUUAAGAUGUACAGUCAAGAGGGAUUAAGGACUGUGAAUAUAGAAUAGUGCUCCUUUGAAAAGAAAGCUUGUAAUAUUUAUUUUUGGAAGAUUUGUAUCGCUUAGUCCAUGAAAAACAGAUAUAUUCUAAUCACAUCAUUUGCCUUCUAGUCGCAAAUUUUUUUAAAAAAAGAAGAGAAUUGAAGUGCGUAAAAAUAAGGAUGACACAAUAAUGAUCUGGCACCAUAUCAGAAACAUCAGUAUGUAAUAAUGAACUUCAAUGGAUAUACAUGCUUAUGUGAAUUGAGAAUAUUGCCAGAGCCACUGUAUCUUGUGUUUAUAGUAGCAUAAUGCUGUGUGUGUUGUAAUGGAUGUAAACAUUCAGGCAUCAUUUUAUUAUUCUCUCAAACUUUUAAAAAAUUAUUUUAUUAAUCCUAAUUGCCUUUCAUAUAUUAACCUGUUGAAGUUGAGGGCAUGCAUACCCUGUCCAGUGUAAUUUUAGUUUAUUAAUUUGUAUACAAAUAGAUGGCUCCACAAGUGCUUAGUCAUGAAGGAAUCAAUCACUAAGUUUUUAUUUUCAUUUUUUUUAUUAGCAUUAGUAUUGUUAAUAACAAUGCAAUGAAAAUUAUGUCAAUGAUGAUCAUAAUAGUAAUAGUAAUAAUAAUUUUGAUCAUAAGAGGAAUGAGGUAAAUAGGUAAGGUCAGGCAGGCCUAGAAAAUGACUUUGUUGUAAACAAGUACUUCUGAAGCCAUCUAUGUGUUGACAAAAUUGACAGAACAGGACUACAAUGGGCAAUUCAUGUACCCAAUGUCAGUCGGUUAAUCUCAUUACUUUAGAGACAUUUUUAAUAGGAUGCUUUGUAUAUUAAUUUGCCCUAGUGGAAUUGCAUUUUUUAUACUAUUUUAAUGUUAACAAAAGUACAGGAAUUUCUUUCUAAACUGUAAAAAUAUGUUGGUGUUGUUUAUCACAGAACAGAAUUUAUAAUCUUUUUGUAUGUAAAAUGUAGUAGUUACUAUUUCAACUUUAAUCACAUUACUUAUUUUAGUAAGAGGAUAUUGUAUGUGGCAUUUUUGUAAAAGUUUUUAAUGUACAGCUUUUUACUUAAAGAAAAGGAAAGUAAUAAUAAUGUGCCUAAAACCAUCAGAUAGUAUUAAAACUGUACCAGGAUGCAGUUACCUAACCAUAACAGUAAAAAAAAAACAGCAUGGAUUCUUCAGUAUUGGAAGCUUUAACUUCUUUGAAAAAAAAUAUGUAAUUCAUUUUAACAUUGGCCUUACUUAUGCUCUAUGACACCUUCUUUGUGUGUGCAGUGUCAACGCAAACCCAGCAUUCACCUUGGGCGAGUCACGGCACUGCUUUAGCUCUCCAGAAACUAUAAUAUAUUUUACUUAAUUUUAUGAAUACAAUCCAGUGUUCUUGAAGUUUUGAAAAUGUUUAUUUUUUAUUAAAGGAUUUGCAAAAC